AUGAAUAAGACGACGUCGGCGGCAACGGCGGUGGUGGCAAUUAGUGUGCCAGUCAGAUUACAGCUGCAACAACAACGGCAUCAGCAACGACAGCGGCAACGGCAGCAGAGGCUGCAGAGCCAGCACCAGCAUCCCACUCCCAAGUUGCCAUUCGCAGAUGCAUCAGCGGAUGUCUACGCCAGUCGUGCUUAUGGAAGCCAUCUCAUGGCACAGAACUACUCGGCGUAUCUGAACCGCGAUGACCCCUACAACGGACACAGUGGUCUGCACGGCAGUGCAGGCCACUACGGACCGAAUGGCCCUGGAGCGUCCGCCCUCCAGUCAGCUCACUCAAUGUACGGUGGCGUCGGCGGCGGAGGCGGCGGUGGCGGUGGUCCCAUCUCCGGCCUCUCCGGCUCCGGCAUUUCCCAGCAAACAUAUCCCAGCCUACCGCCGAUCAGCCACUUCUCCCAUCAGCAGGAUCUGUACUCCUCCUGUCUCGGACAGCGCACUCCCUCGCAUUCUUUAGGUGGAUCAUCAACCUACGGCUCACUGGGAGGAGGAGGCAGUGGCAAUGGCCUCGGUGGCAGCUCUCCCCUCAUCACCUCCGGCAUGAACGCCAGCAGUCUUUCUCGUCAGCAUCCCGGCUCAAAGGCGUACUGGGAGUCAGUGCAGGCGGCUCAACAGCAGCAACAACAACAACAGCAGAACGCCCUUUACGGCAGUGCCGGCAAUACUCCCUCGCACAAAAGCUCACCCCAGUCAGCGGCCGCUGCCCACUGGUCUCACUCGCCGAAUGUACUCAGCUCUCCGAGCAGCAGCACCCCCUCGCCCAUUCCCUGUCCGUCGACGCCGCAUCACUUCAACACCUCCUCUUCGCCGCACCAUCAACAACAGCAGCAGCAACACUCUCAGCAGCCACUGGUGGACAAUACGAUAGGAUCAGGAGGAGGAGUCCACAAGGUCUACAAUGGCAUCGGCGGUUUGGCGGGCAGUGGCAGCAAUUCCUCAUCAUCGAACGGAAGCGGUGGCAGCAGCAAUCCACUGCAGUCACUGCAGAAGAUGGUGCAGAUUGAUGCGGAAAGCGGCAGCGACCUUAGGGCGCAGUACGAAACUGCCGGACCGCCCCUUCCAAUGGGCGCCAUUGGGGGCGGUACUAACCACAACUCUGGGACCGCCGGAAGUGGGGGUGCAGGAAUAGGAAACGGUCAAAUGCAUCCAAUGGAGGGCGAUCCAAACUUCCCCACCUACUACAACCUCGACCAGAACCGAAUGUGCGCCACACCGCUGUCAGGUGGUCCUGGUGGGGGCGGUGGAUACUCAAACCUACCACCACUACCACCACCUCCCUCUCACGGACCACCCCCUCAGACGCCAUUUUCGCCGACGCUGAAGAACGGUCCACCACUGCCACCACUACCUCAGUCUGAAGCAGCUCAUCACCGAAACAACAGCGGCGGUGGCAGCGGUCUUCACAGCUCAAAAAGCGUCGAAAGUGACAGUGGGAAUAGUGCUGCUGACCUGGCUAUGAAUGCCAACAACAGCAGUCGGUCGGCGUCGGUUCGCUUCUCCUCUUCGAAACUGACAAAAGAGGGUUCUGGGAACAACAGCAGUUUCCUCAGCAACCGCUCCUGCAGCACCGACACCGUCUGCAGUGCCAACAGCGGCGGUGGCGGCAGUGGCUCCCCCUCGACUGUGGGCUCAGUAAAGGUGGCGGCUUCUAUGGGCGGUGGCGGUGAACCGCCGGCAAUUCUGGGCGAGCAGACGCACGACUCGGUCAAUUCCUUCCGCGGCUCAGAGGCGACGGCCAACUCGCGUGAUUCAGUUAAAUCGUCCUCCGAUUCGGACUGUGGCGUCCUAUCCGCCUACGUAGCCUCUGCCAGCCAGUGCUCCACGCCUAAUGGACAACAGCAAAGCAAUGCGAAUUCGGGAGGUGGCAGUGGAAGCAAUUGGAAGCUCAACUCGAGCCAACAGUCCGGUGAUUCAUUCCAACGAUCAGCAACCAGCGCGGCAACAAACUUCUCCGCAGCUGCAAACCAAAGCGGGCAAAGUGUUCAAAGUAGCAAAGCCUGGUGGCCAGAAAAUGCUGCCGCCGCCAGUGCAAUCUCUCCCUCUCCUUCCAGUCGAUCCUUUACUCCUCACCUCUCUGACUGCUCGGCCGGUGGAGGUGGUGCGUUUGGCAGCUCCAAUUACUCAUCAGGACCUCAAAAUAGUUCUACCUCCAAUGGUCCACUGGGAUCAUCUUCUACUGGAGGCCCACACUGGUCCAACUCAGCGCAAUCCUCAUCAGCUCAAAUGAUGUCAGGGAACAACAACGGUGGCGGUGGAUUCACCCCGGACGGCCCGGUCAUUGUGAAGAAGAAGCGCGGUAGGCCGUUUGGCAGCAAAAACCGUCGUAAUCUCGACCAGCAGGCGGCAACUUCAGGAACGGCGUCCACAGCCGGUGGCCCGGCAACAGAAACCGUCUCCAAGCGAAAACGCAAGUCAGCCCUGGUGGACGCUUGCGUCAACACGACGCUCUCCUUCGACGUGCCCAGCAGUCUGCACCUGGACGACUACACUGCCUUUGAGAGCUACUCCUCCUCUUCGCUCAAGCACGCCGUACCGCUGGCCAUGAAGCGGAAGAAGCUGGUCGGUCCGGUGGUCCGUAUUGACAAUGCACAUCAGGCGAACAACAACAGUGGCUUUGGCAGUCAGCCAAAGUACAGCGUCAUCAAUGACUCGCAGAGCAGUGAUGAGCUGGCGGCCAAGGCGGCCUCCAUUUCCGGCAAAAGUGCGGCCACUUUUGGCAAACCGGUGGGCGUCGAGUCGAUCUGUCUGCCGCCGCCGACAUCAACCGGGCGGAAGAAUAGCGCCCUCGCGAGAAGGUGCACCGCUAAUAGCAAUAACAACAACAACAAUGGCGGCACUAACGGCAACGUCUCCAGCACUGCCAAUCACAACAGCAGCAUCUCAUCUCCUUCUUCGACCCCAGACCGAAGCUGGGUUUGCGUUCUCUGUCACAAGGGCCCUCACCACCGCGGUCUGGGCGACCUCUACGGGCCGUACACUGUGCAGAUUGAGAGGAGCAAACUGCCCAGUUCUCUGCUGGACAGUGUUACCACCAACACCUCCAGCACCAGCAACAUCAGUAUUGACUCAACCAAUGGACCGACUGAUCAGCAGCAAACUGAGGAAUCAGCAGCUGAACAGCAGCAGCAGCAACAACAACCUCAACAGCAACAGUCGAGCAGCCAGGCACCUGCCGCAGUUGUGGAGCAGUCCACAGUCGAAAGAAGAUCGCUUCGAAGGCGUGUUGACUCAAGUGCCGCCACCACCGGCACUGAAUCCGUUGAAGGCAAAGGAGGAAAGACUGCUCACUCCUCUAACGCGCUGUCUCAUUCUUCAUCCGAUGUGGACAGCAAAGCAGAGCAGCCCUCGCCUCGUGUCAGUCUGGAGGUGUGGAUCCACGAGGACUGCAUCGUCUGGUCGAAUAAUGUCUACCUCGACGGCACCGUCAUUCGCAACCUCGAGCAGGCCAUCGUUGACUCCUUUGGCAGUAUAUGCACCAAGUGUAAAUUACCCGGUGCCACAUUGGGCUGCAUCUACAAGAGCUGCACCGUCUCACCACUGCACUACCUCUGUGCUAAGGACAAAGGUAAUUUACCAAGUAGUAACAGUUGA